GGGUUGUUCCGCCUUCUCUCGACUGGCGAGCUGCAAAAAGGCAGGGCGGCUUUGCUUGGGAUGUUUGCCAGCGACUGCAAUCGCUCGGGUGCAUGGCUGCUGCUUCCUGGAAUCCGUGGGAAUGCUUGGCGUGCUGCGCGGCAGCCGAAGCGCCGGUGGAACCGCACGAUGCACCAGCUGAAAAAUUGAUUCCAGUUUCCACGGUGUUCGUGAAGUCAAUGGACGAACCGGAUGGAGGAGAGCAGCUGGACGCCCCUGAGACAGGUGAAGUGCUUGCCGAGCAGAGACGACAGCUCCAAGAACAUUUGGCUUCAGCGCGAAGCCGUCCUGCUAAGCAGACGGCUUUCGCUGCAGAUGCCGCGGCCAACUCCAAGAUGCCCACGAGCCAACCCCAGGGAAGCCAAGUCUUGGACAGAGCCCGAGACAUCCAAGAGGUCCGAAACUUCAGACACCUGCGGACGAGCGAUCAGCGGGAUACAAUGGCCAUUGUCCUUGCCAGGUUCGCAGCCGUGGAGCUCACGCCGCGGAUCUCCGAGGACCGCGAGAGCCCGGAGCUGCCGCCGGCUGCGGGGACGAAGCCGCUGCCGCUGCGGGCGCCCGUGGGGCGGCUGCCCAUCCUGGGCACCUGGCGGUCGCAGAAAACCAAGUGCUAUUACUUCUACUUCGAGGUGGGGGACAGAUACAACGUUGAGUUCCCCAACACCUCGAUGGUCAUUGAGCACUGGAGGGGCGAUGAGCUGCUGCGGUUGGAGGCGGCCCUGCUGGUGAACGACAUCCACGCCAAGGUCCCGGCCGUCUACGGGCGCCUCGCCAACCGAGAGAAGGCAGCGAAGGAUGAGUUCCAGGAUGGGGACUGCGUGGUCCUCCCAGCCAUCGUGCGCGACCACCACGCCUUUUACAAUUGCAGCCUCAACCAAAACCUGCAGAAGUUCCUUCAUUGCGAAGUCGUGGAGGCAGCCUUCGAGGCCAACGCCACCUACGAUGGCCCGUGGCAGAACGGCCAAAAGCACGGGUACGGCGUGCUGAUGGGCAAGGAUGGCGCAAAGUAUUCCGGUCAGUUCCAGAACGACAAGAAGGAAGGUGAGGGUGUGUACCACUAUCCAUCCGGUGCCAAGUACACUGGCCAAUGGGUGAAUGACAUGCAGGAGGGCCAGGGGAAAGAGGAGUGGGCGGAUGGCUCUGUGUUCGAGGGCGAGUUCAAGGCCGGCACGAAGCAUGGCCGGGGCAAGUUCAUUUGGUCCACCCUUUGCCGCUACGAGGGCGAGUUUGACAACAAUGACAUGCACGGCGAAGGGGUUUACACCUGGAGCGACGGCCGCGGCUAUUCAGGCCAGUGGACGCACAACACCAUGGCCCCGAAGGGGAAAAUGUGGUGGUCCGAUGGGCGCACCUACAUUGGCGAAUUCCUGGACGGGCGCAAGCAUGGUGAAGGCACAUUGACCUGGCCAGAUGGGCGCUCCUACAGCGGUCAAUGGCAAGACGGCAAGCAGCACGGCACUGCGGUGGCGCAGACGGCCAAGGGCCUCAAGCGGCAAAGCAUUUGGAAGGACGGAGCCCGGCAGUUGGACCUGCGGGGUCGGGGCAUUUCCGGGCUUUCCGGACAGCCUUGCUUGGCCUUGCGGGGCGUUUGA